AUGCCACAUUCAAGACAGGCGUCAAUUAGUUCGUCCAUGGACGCGGGACAUUCCCAUCCCCAAAAGAUUGGACCUUGGAAACUCGGUAAGACCCUUGGCCGAGGUGCCACCGGACGAGUGUUGUUAGCAACCCACCAAGUCACCGGCCAGAAAGCUGCUGUCAAAGUUGUAUCAAAGUCAGAAUUACAGGAUGCUGAAGAUGAACCACAAGACCUCGACCAGAAAAAAGAAGGAUUACCUUAUGGUAUAGAGCGUGAAAUCAUCAUUAUGAAAUUGCUAAACCACCCCAACGUUCUUCGAUUAUACGACGUUUGGGAAACCUCAAAAGCGUUAUAUCUUGUCAUGGAAUAUGUCGAAGGUGGUGAAUUGUUUGACUUGUUAGUUGAACGCGGCCCAUUACAAGAAAGAGAAGCUAUAAAAUACUUUAGGCAAAUCAUCUUGGGUACUGCCUACUGCCAUGCUCUCGGUAUCUGUCAUCGAGAUUUAAAACCAGAAAACUUGUUGUUGGAUGACCAAUUGAAUGUUAAGUUGGCUGAUUUCGGCAUGGCUGCUUUGGAAAGCAAUGGCAAAUUAUUAGAAACUUCAUGCGGUUCUCCCCACUAUGCUGCUCCAGAAAUUGUCAGCGGAUUGAAAUAUCAUGGUGCCGCAUCAGAUAUUUGGUCUUGUGGGGUCAUUUUAUUUGCCUUGCUAACGGGAAGAUUACCAUUUGAUGAUGAAAACAUUAGAAACUUGCUAUUAAAGGUUCAAGCUGGGAGUUUUGAAAUGCCCGACGAUUUAAGUCGGGAAGCUCAAGACUUAAUUUCGAAAAUGUUAAAUGCUGAUCCAGCAAAAAGAAUUAAGAUUGAUGUAAUUUUAAAACAUCCCUUGUUAUUAAAGUAUCCUAUUCCAAAUGAAGAUUUAAUCAGUGAAAGAUCUUUACCUCAUCCUCAGACUGCUUAUAAAUCCUUGGGAUCGGUUAAAAACAUCGAUAAGCAAAUUUUAUCUAAUUUAUCUAUCUUAUGGCACAAUAGAUCUCAACAAGAUAUUAUCGAGAGUUUAUUGAAGAAUGGUCCAAAUCCCGAAAAAACCUUCUAUGCAUUAUUAAUGAGAUAUAGACAUAAUACCAACCAAGAAGAUUUUGGAGUUGGUAAUGGUACUGUACCAAAUCGAUCACCACCAAAGAAAUCAACAAGUUAUAAUAAAUUACCAGCAACGUCAACUACACCCAAGAAGAAUAAGAGAUCAAGUAAAAUUAAUGUUUCUCGUCCAACUUCGUUCCAGUACAAUAGAAAUUCCUAUGUCAAAACCACUAACCCAACUACAUCGUCACCACAUGGAUCUCCAUACAAAACUUCACCAGCUAAGAGAUAUUCUCCAAGGAAAUCUCCCCGUUAUUCUCCGUUGAAAUCUCCUCGUCAUUCACCAUUGAAGUCUCCACGUCACUCACCACGCAAGACAGGUGACAAGAGAUUAAGCGGAUUGGGCUCAAUUCCCAGAAAUCUUUAUAAUGAAAUCAUGGCUGCUCAAAGUAAUCAAUCUAUCCCUCCAUCACUUCCAUCCAAGGGGUCUUAUUAUGAAAAACAUGAAUUAACCAAUGUUCCUGAAAACAAACGUCUUGAUGAAUCAGCCAAAAUCUCGCCUAACAAACGUGCUUCCAUAUUCAGCAGUAGUAAAAGCAGCAAGAGAUUAUCCAAGAGGAAGUCAAUUCGUGCUUCCAUGACUACUGGAUUGAAGAGAAAUUCCAUCACCAUGAAAUUGUUAUCAACUUAUGCUAAAUUGUCUACUGAUAAUGAAUGGGAAUACGUUGAUAAACAAGCCAAGCGUACUUCAGCCACUUUUGCCACAUUGUGUGACAAGAUCUUCAACCAUGAAGAUUACGAUCCAGAAGAAGAAAAGUUGGCCGACCCUGAAGAGAAACAAGCCAUGGAAUAUGAAAGAUUGAUGGAAAUUGAAAGAAAGAAACACGAAGCUGAAAUCAAAGCCAGAAAAGAAUUGGAAAAGAGAAAGAGACGACAAAAUAGAAAGUCUUUGUUGACUGGAAAUCAAAAAUUGACAAUUUCCAUCAAAGAUGACAAUGAAGCUAACAAUAGUGAACAAGAUGUCUUUGCCCGCGAGUUAAUCACCCAACCAAAACGCCAAUCUAAACCACCUGCCGGUGUUAGAGCUCUGUCUGAAGGUAUACUUGAAUCUGAGGAAUUGACUCGGGAAGAACUUGAAUGUUUGAAAAAGAGAAGUGUCACUCAACCUGUGCCUGCCAGAAGAAGAGAUCCUGUGUUGACCAGAAGACCAGUUUCAAGAUUAGAUCCAUUGUGGCAAGCUUAUGAAAAUCAACAAUUGGAUGAAGCAAAGGAUGCCUUGGAACAAGAAUGGAGAGACGGACUCUUGAAUAAGCAUCCUAAACGUGAAUCUACCGUCAAGAGAGAAUCUGUUACUACCACUAAGAGAAUGUCUGUUGCUACUAACAGACAUUCCACAGUUUCUAAAAGAAUCAAUAGAGAAUCUAUGGUUUCUAUCUUGGAUAAUGAUGACGAGGAAGAUGAUGGAUUUGACUUUACUAUAAAUAAGCCACAACAAUCUAUUCCACCAAUUGAAGGUAAGAGAUUAUCUAAAGACGUCGGGGCAAAGACAUUAAUUGGUAAUGUCAAGAUUCCUAAUGUUACUAGAAAAUCGAGAAAUUUCACUAAUUCCAACAAGAGAUUGUCCGUGUUAUCUUUAUAUUCUACCAAAGAAUCUUAUCACGAUUUGAAUUCGUUUAUAAAUGAUGAAGAUGAUGUUCAACAACAACUCCCUAAAUUGAGAACUAGUUUGGCUGAUAGAUUAAACCAAGCUGGACUUGUUGAAGAAGAUGAAGAGGAAGAAGCAGAGCAAUAUGAAGAUAAUGGUUCAGUAUUAGAUCUUGACGAUCAUGCUAACAAGAGAUAUUCUUAUCAUGACAAGAGGUUGUCAACUACAAGAAGGUAUAAUCCACCAACUGGUACAAGACCAACUUCUAAGAUCCCAGAAUUACCUAAAACCGAGUAUGACGAUACUUUUGCUACUCAAAGUGAUGAUAUCUACAAGAAGCGUAAGAGCAUGGUUUCUGUUGAAUCUGAAGAACCUACUGAUGAUGUAUUCGAUAAGAUUAAAUUGCCUGAAGGCAAAUCCACCAAGUCUUCAAUUGAUGCCUUGGCUAAUGAAGUUCCUUCUGGUAAGAAGUCUAUGUUGUCUCCUACAUUAAACGAUGAACCAAUUCAGUCCCAGCCAUAUCCUAAAGUACGCGAUAAAGCUAAUACUUCUGCACCACUCGCUCCACUUGGACCACCUGGCAGAUCUGAUGGACUUAAAAAGCCAUUGGAAGAUAAGACCAAUAUUUAUGAAAAGAGGAAGCCAUCAAUUUUCAGGAAGUUAUCAUGGGGAACUAAAAAGGCCCUUGAUGAACCGGAAGAAAAACCCAAGAGCUCGUUCUUGCGUUGGUUCUCGUCAAGCUCAACCUCUAGCCAAAUCCAAAUCAAAAAGAUUCAAACACUUUUGCCACAACAUGAAAUGUCAAUUGCAUUAUUUUCGUUAUUGAAUUCAUGGACUAAUUUCGGAUUGAAGAAGUUGAAGAAUGAUCAAAUUGGAUAUAAUAUAACAGGGUCCAUUUCUAAAAAGAGUGCUCUGAGCUGUAAAUUUAGAAUAAAGAUUAAUCCUCGAGAUUUUAAUCAAAAAUCAGAAUUGGUUUGUGUUAGGGUUAAAGGUUCACAAGAGACUGCUGAUUUGUUGUUUAGAGAGAUUGAACAAGUAUUAAGGAGUGAAGAUGCGUUGGACGUUGAAGCAUCAACGAAAUGA